AGGGAUAUAAAAAGGGGCUUCGGGGCAUCCCAUACCAGUGUGUUUGUGGCACUGCUCUCGGCUCCGUCAAUUCUCUCCUGAAGCAACGCAGCCAUGACGCGUGUGAUGUUCCUGGCGGUGGUCGCUGCUUUCGCCAUCUGUGCCGAGGCAGCUUCACUGGGCUCUGAAGGGGAACUGCACCGAGCAAAACGUCAGUUCUCUUGGUCAAGCAACCAAAACGUAGAGCAAUACGGUGGACAAAAUAGCGGCGGAGAGCAGUUUGUCAGUUCCCACGGCACUUUCCUGGGCAACACUCAGAAGGUCGGCCAACUAGGUGUCGGGGACAACAACAAGCAGUUUGUGCACCAAGGCUUCUCGAUUUUCGGACCCAGCAAGCAGGAAGUGGAACAGGUUGCGACUGGAGGUGGUUACCAGCACCAGACUGUCAGUCAAAAGGGUAGCAUCUUUGGCGGCAGCAGCCAGAAAGUUAUUCAGAGGGGAGGCAGUAAACAGAUUGUGACUGGCAAGUGAGACGCGGAUCCAGCCUAGGCUCUGCAUUGUUGAAACUGGCUGACUUUAUUCCUCUAUGAUCCUUUAAAGAAUUGACCUGGUAUUGUAUGUGAUGACUGUUUCAGUCUGAAUUCCUCGGAAUUAAAUAGAAUUUCCUUUGCAAAAA